AUGGCCAGUCGUUUUUGGGCCGCAUCCGACGUGGCGCCUGAAGCAGAUGCCAUAGUAGCUGCAACGACCCAGGCGGCUGCCGGUAUGGCCGCGGAGGGCGUCGCUAAUCCCGCCAUGCAAGGGGAAGUCAGCUCGCACUUUACGGAGAUCCUUCAGGCAGUCAUCAGGUUCAGUGGUUUCUUCUCGUAUCUGACCAGUCGCUGGUCGCUGGCUUGUUUUACAGUGGCCCUUGUGUUGAAUAGGAUCACCAUCUAUGCUUCGACCAGACGCCAUCUUAACCUUGAUUGGCACAGGCGGCUGGCCCUGCGAAUUAUCCCGAUCGUCUUGUUCCUGACUCAGAUUCACUCGCUGCUCCGGGCGAUUCGUUGUCAGACAUCACCGGACUACUCACUCAUACGAUACGGAUCCCCCGGUAAACGCCUUUUAUUUGACCAUGCUGGUGGAGGAGGAUUCUUAUAUUCACUGGGCUCCACGCUCUUACCCUGGGAGACCGACGAGGAGUCCUGUGCUGCUGUGAGCAUGGCACGUCCCGGGAACGCUUCCGAAAUUGCAUACGGAUCAUUCUCUCUCCUAUGGCCCGUCUUUCUGCGUCUUUGUGUGAGCCAUUUUGUGGAAACUCUUUCCUGCGCGCUGCAAGGGCGACCGGUUGUGACUGAAGCGGGCAUGUCCAUCUUUGAGCACUCGCUUGCAUUCGCCGAGGCUGAGUCUACCAUUAGCCAGACACUCGGUCUUGGAAUGUUUGGUCUACCGAAGCAAAGUCCUGGCAGAGAAGAACCAGGGGACGGCUCUCACUCCACGGCGCAGCUCCUUAGCAAGGCUCAGAUCUUGGAACGCAUGAACAUCUCCCCUGAGCUGCUCCUGAUUGCUUUGAUCUCGUGUUGCAACAGUCUGACGUCCAACCUUCUGGAUGUUUUUGGAAAACAAAGCCGAUACCGCUUGCUCAACACUGCUUUCUGGGGACUCUGCUUCAUGUCAGCUAUGGCAUGGGGUAUCCUCAGUGGCUCGACUGUGGGGACUGAAAAUCUCGUCCUGAAGUUUCCCACGGUUUGUAUUGUGGGAUUCGUACCCCAUCUGGCCAUCUUACUAGGGAUCUUCACAUGCAUGACGAUCUACGGCGUCGCCCUCAUCAUCACCGCCUUUUCUUUACCGAUGGAGAUUACGCAGCCUCUAACCCUCCGAGAAAGACUCGUCCUAGCGCAUGAAAAUAUGCAGGGUUCCUCGCAUAUCUUCACCACUCGCCUCAAUAGACAUGACGACUUUUAUACCACCCUCCUUCGGAUCGGGUACUCCGCCUUGACAGCUGCGAGUGAAGCGGUGUUCCUCAAUGAAGGCAAAGGAGUUGUUGCAAGGAACAUGACCUGGCUUGAGGAGGACAGACUAGCAGAGAUCGAAGCCUCCCGACGGGCUCGUCACCAAAGUUGCGACACUCGGAGUAACGAUGUGCCUUUUGGAGGCGAGGAGUCGAUGGAUUUCGAGCUUCCCAAGGCACCCCUGGAAUGGGAGAGUGGGUAUGGCCGCGAGAAGAAAAUUGAAAAGUCAAGAAAUGGGUCGCGAGCUGCCAGGGCGCAGACUGAUUCCAGCGGCGUGGGCGCCUUUCGGGGAGCGGUUAGGUGCUACCAUGGGUUUGCCUUCUUCCGCAGCAUUUUCUAUCUUCUUUUUCGAUGGUCCGUCUUUGGGCUAGACAGGGCGUUGGACAAGAUCGGCAUCAAUGCCCGGCCGCAAUGGUUUAAGACCAUUAUCGGACCCCGGGCUAGAGCGACUCCGAAGAAAAGCAAUGCCCGUCAGGCAGAAUCUCUGGAUUUCUGGAUCCUAACCGAGGAUGGCGAGUUGGAGCUCCCGGGCGAUCACGAGUUUGAUGUAGAGAGGGAGAUGCGGAAGCGAGAGGGCUCCAACUCGAUGGAUUGGGAGCGGACUGACGAGCAGAGACUUGAUGAAAAGCUGUACAAUUGGUGGAAAGCCGGUGGUUCAUGGGGGAAUCAGGACCAAAGUCCCGACUACGCUCCGUCAACGGAUGAUUUUGAUGACACGACAAGCGUGAUCUCGAUGUCCACGACAACCGGCUCCGAGUGGGAAGAUGAAUCGGACGGCCGUCGCACGCCUACGCGCGAGAAUCCGUUCCCGGGAGAUUUCUCACGGGAGAGCACGCCUGCACAGGAGACUCUCAUGGACAUCAGCUCUUUUGCGCGUCUGCUUGAUCCUCGUGACCAGGAGAGUCGACAAGAAGCUCGGAUAUUAGCUGCUCAUCUCGCUGCCGGACAGGAUGGGCGCAUCCUAACCCGACGCCAAUACCAGAAGCAGCUUGAACGUGACAGAGCCCAGAUCCUUGUGUCAUCACGCUUAUCCCAAGUCGCCCCGGAUGGAGGAAGGCGAAAACCCACUACCGAAGAAGAGAGUGAGAUCCUUGAGAAGCUCAUUCUUUCGCGACGAGGGGCGACGCCUGGCUCGAGCACCGUCGAUGGAACGACCUGGGAAUCCGGUGCUUCUGGACUUGGUCCCAGCGGACCGCCGUGUGUUAUUUGCCACACGAACCCGCGGUCGAUAAUUACCUGGCCCUGUCGGUGUCUUUGCGUUUGCGAGGAGUGUCGGGUCAGUCUUGCGAUGAACAAUUUUGGCAGUUGUGUGACUUGUCGUCAGGAAGUGGGUGGAUUUGUCCGGCUCUGGGUGCCUUAG